AUGUCUAAAUUAUAACGAUGUGCAACUGUAGGAGGAUUAGAAGUUAAAAUGAGUCAUUAUGCUCCAGAUGGCACAGGUAUUAUUUAUAAAUACAUAAACAGGGCGUGAUUCUUAUGUUACAUUAUAAAAUGGUGGUAUUUGGAAAGAAAUUUAAUUUCAAUGUACACAUCCAGAAAUUGGAACUUUUAGUUAAUAAAAAUAAUGGAAGCCUCCUGCUCCUAUGAUGGUACCAAAAUUUAGGCAUUAUUAAAGUGAUGGAUCAGGUAGAGACAAUUAUGUUAUGUAAUUAUAUUAAUUAAUUUUUUAGUGCUGAUGAAGGAGGAUUAGCACCAUCUUCAAAAAAGUUUUAAAGAAAAAGAAACUUCCUUACAUCUUUAAGAGAUUAUGAACCUUGUCCACCUAUUUAAUAGUAAGAUUGUUUUCGAUUGGCUUAAACUCCUAGUGCAUAAUCUUUUACAUAAUACUAGAAAACCUAAUUAAUUGCUCAUCAAUAAAGCAAAUUAAUUAAAAGGUUAAAUACACCUUAAAUAUAGGAGGAUCCAUAUAAGAGGAUUAGGUAAUUAUCUACUCCAUUUUAUAAAAAAUGA